AUUUUCUUGCCGGCGAAAAUUGGAAGAAUCCCUGAAGCGCGACGCAGACAUGAGAGUGAAGCUCGGCAGCUCAUUACCUGUUAUAUUUUUUCGGUCGUAAUAGAUUUCUUCUUUUCUUAUAUGUAUCUUGUCCCUUUUAUAAGGGAAUCGAUGGCAGGAUCUGUUGGGUAAGUUUUCAGGUUGCUAUAACAAUUAUUUUUGUCAUUGCGACUUUCUAAUGUUUUUAUAUGCUUGUUCAGUGUUGAUGGAUUCUAUCGUUCUCUUGAUUUCUCUAAUUAUUUCUGGGAUUAACUCGGUUUUAUCUUGGAUUACAAGUGCUGUGGGCUUCGGAAUGCUAGCAGAAACAAACGAAUUGUCGCCUGAGUAUUGUAUCCCAUUAAACACCAUGGCUCCACAGCAUGAACGUUAGUGCAAAUUCAACAGAACUUUCAAACAACCGUCCUUGUCUCUGAACAUUCUGAGCAACAUCGAGGCUUACACCAGAAACCGGGUCAGUCUAGGAAUGCUAAAAGCGUCGGAAACGAAUAUCAUACUUGAAGCAUUCUUAUGAUGAUGUUUCGUGUAUUGUUUAAACAGGGUUAUCUUCUGUUUUUGUCUUUUUAUAUUGUUUUCCGUUCCCGUUCUACUUAUUUUUUUUUGAGCUUUUCUGCAUACACAUAUCAUAGGCUGUUUUGUUGAAGCCCUGUUGGGUUCAACGGGGCUUUUAAUUUUUUAUAUAAUGAACAAAAUGAGGCCAUAGUGGAAUAUCAGGUUGUUAAUCUCAAAUUGUUCUAUCCAAUCCACAUGUUCGUUGUUUGUUGCUCUUCUAGAACUAUUUAUUUAUUGAUGAUUCUUUUUGAUUUGUUUAAAAGAGCUAAUAAGGAAUCUAAUGAAUUCUAAGAAUGACCAUUGCUUUAGCUUCUUAUGCAUCCAGAACAUCACCGAAGUCAAAGAACCAUGGCAAUAUAAACGAAAUUGAUGCAGCUGGAUAUAUGCAUACGUAAAAGGAAAAAGACUAAAAAGUUGUAAAAAGACUACAGCAUCCUGGAUCCCAUGUUUCCUCUUAUAUAAUACCAAGCUAAUGAGAUCUUCAAACGCUUGACAUGCAAUGAUUGAACGGGAACGGAUGUUCUGUGUAGGUAAAAGAUAGAUUUGUGAACUUGGAACUUACUUCAUCUAGCAUGAGAACACGAUGGCUAAAAUGUAAAACGAUCCCUGUUUUUGGAAAAGAACAUCACAAUUUUCGACAAGAACAGGUAUCACAAACGAAAAUUAUUAACACUCAUAAUGUUUAUUUUGUGCUUGUCUGAGUUAGAAUCAAUCAUAAGGCUUACAUUGAUUAUAUAUUAGUAGAAAUUGAAGUAACUAAUGACAAAAGUUUGAGGAAUCUACGGACACUUUGGAAACUGGAAUUUACACGAAACAGAGUCGGUUUGUAUAGAAAACGCAAACGUAGCUUAAUCAUUAGCUUUUAAUAUAAAUAUAGAUCUUUAAGAUUUGCUGAAAAGCAAUUACUACGGACGAAUCAAGGACAACUUGGAUGUGUUUACUGACAUACAUAAGUAAAUAAAAUAUAUAAGGUCGUUAGAUCACACAAACAAGUGAAGAAGAAAAUAUCAAGAAUAAACAGUUAGCUUUUAAAAGGUUUAGAUAUACCUUCUAAGUGAUUUUGUUAGUUCUUUUGACAACUUUCAAUCGAGAUUAACGAUGAAAUGGUUCUUGCAUUUUUCUUGCAUGGAUCACCCACCAUUGAUGGCCUCCGAUAUGCCAGUAACUUAUCAACAAGCUCUUAUAAAAGCAAAUGAAAAUUGGGGAAGAAUAAAGCUGUGGCUGAAAGUCUUAAUUGGAUUGAUUGCUCUCAAUUUUGCAUUACUAGGGUACAUGUACGAAAACAGAAUCUCUGAAAGAGUCAAUCUCAUUUGGACAAUCAUUAGCGGAUCUUUUAUUUGUGUUAGUAUAUAUAUUAUAGUUUUAUUUCAAGUUCCCAUUCCAACCGAGUAG